CAAAGAUGAUGCAGCCAGGUAACGCUGGUCGCUGCCAAACUUUGUCGCUUCCAAAGGAUGUUGCGGCGUGUCCAGACGUUAAGAGCGAGCAUUAGAUGGCACGUUGUCGGUCCCCGCUCCACGGCAUCGAGUAUCUCAUGCGCUAACAUGCCAACGACCCCACGCAUGUUCGUUCGAUCGUUCGCGAUGAAGAUCUCGUUCUUCUCAGCGCGAAAGUACGACAAGGACUCGAUCCUCCAAGUACACAACGCCCUGGGGCUGAACCACAACCUGCAGUUCUUUUCCCAUCGCUUGAAACCCGAGACUGCUUUGUUAGCCGACGGCAGUGACGUCGUCGUGAUCUUCGUCAACGACUUGGCCAACGAGUCGGUGAUUCGCAAGCUCGCGGCGCUUCAUGUGAAGGCACUGCUCCUUCGCUGCGCCGGCUACGACAUGGUGGAUCUCGUGACCGCCAAGGAGGUUGGCCUUCCCGUGCUGCGCGUACCAGCGUAUUCGCCGUAUGCUGUUGCCGAGCACGCGGUUGGUUUGAUGAUGACCUUGAAUCGAAAGUACCAUCGUGCGUACAACCGCACCCGCGAAUUCAAUUUCAAUCUCCAGGGGCUUCUCGGCUUUGACAUGCACGGCAAGACUGUGGGCGUGAUCGGGACGGGCAAAAUCGGGAUCCUCGUUGGCAAGAUAUGCCUCGGUUUCGGCUGCAACGUCGUCGUGUAUGACUUGAACGAGAGCAGCCGAGCCAAGGCGCUCGGGAUGAAGUACGUGCCGCUCGACCACCUCCUCGAAACAUCCGACAUUAUUUCGUUGCACUGUCCGCUGCUACCGACGACCAAGUACAUCGUCAACGAGUACACGAUUCGCCAGAUGAAGCGAGGUGUGAUGCUGAUCAACACGAGCCGUGGUGGGCUCAUGAACACGCCAGCGAUCCUUCAAGGCCUCAAGACUGGUCAAAUUGGAUCGCUUGCCCUCGACGUGUUUGAAGGUGAAAACGACAUCUUUUACGAAGAUCACUCGGGCGAGAUCAUCGCAGACGAGCAGUUCACCCAGCUGUCGACGUACCCGAACGUGGUUAUCACUGGCCACCAAGCAUACUUCACCCGAGAAGCGCUCGACAACAUCGCCAAGACAACGUUUGACAACGUCCGAGCCGUCGAGACCAACGGACCGUUCCUGAACCAAGUUCAAAAGUAGACGCAACCACGAGCGAGUCCGCUGCAAGCAGCUGCGCAUUUGGUGAAGGAAUUCGCAGUUCAUGUUAAGAUUGGAUUGGUACAACGUGAGAAUUGUUUGUGCGGUAUCGUCUGGUGCAUGAAUGAAUGAAGACGUC